AUGUUUGAUGCUUACCUGGAUGCGCUAAACAGUGUUGGGCAAAAACGCCAGCGCAGCCCUGCUACGUGUGGGGCCAAAACCAACCCUAUACCUACGAACUUGCCGCCAGAGGGCUCACCGCCGCAGGCGACGGAGGCAGAUCAUGAGGCGGACGAUGGCGACUCAAAAAGCUCUACUUCUUCGGAGGCCAGUGACGUCUCCGACUUCUUCGACACGCUCACGGAGCUGUACCUGUUUUUCCGUGACGCGGACUUAUCACGCCGUGAAGUCAACAGACUGCUUAACAUAUUCCGUAACCCUCAGUUCAGUUUGAAGGAAUUACGCAAGUGGCGCAGCUACGCCGACGUGAAGCGAUGGGGGAAAGAGCGUGCGCCGCCAGAUAUGGUUCCAUGGAAAACAGAGCAUAUCGUCGUGCACGGGCCCAGAGGAAUGUCCCAAAAGCUUCUCUUGCACUUCCGCGACACAGAGCUGCUUGUGAAGAAGCUAGUCCGCAUUUUUUCGCGGAGGAAGGGUUUCGUGUGGAAGCCACAGGAGAAGUACAACGAGAAGGGGAAGCGCGUUUUCGAGGGGCCAGAAACAGGCACGUGGAUGCACGAGGCGCAGAAAGAGAUCAAGGACGACAAGGCUCUGAUUCUCGGGGUCAUCGUGUACAGCGACAGCACUCAGGCGUCGCGCAACGGGCGGCGGAAUGCGUGGCCUGUUCUGAUAUCGCUUAUUAACAUUCCGGAGGAAUUGAGGUGGUUUGAGCUGGGCCACACUCUUGCGGCAGUGUUGCCAUUCUGUCCGGAAUGGGCUAGUCCGACAGAGAAGGCCCGUGUUUUCCAGGAGGCGCUGAAGAUCAUCCUAGGACCCCUGAUGCGGGAAACCGCAAGUGCUCCUGUGAGGUACUUUUAUGUGACAGACGCCACCGGCAAUGUGGUCAAGGCGGUACCUUGCCUCUAUGGGUACCCUGGUGACUAUCCAGAGAACAGUAGGGCCUCAGCCACGCUGCAGACGGGCACUCAUCGCCCCUGCGCUAACUGCUAUGCAGAAGUGGGAGAGCUGAAACGGCUGACUGCUAAAAUAGAUCCACGCACACCUGAGCGGCAGAAGGACAUUUGCGUGCUGGCGCGGUGGAACUUUGGGAACACCACCUGGGGGAACGUCUACCUCGCAUGUUUGGCUGACAUUUUACACGUGCUGGACUCUGGUGUCUUCGUACACAUGAUGGAAGAAUACCUUUCCCCCUUGGGGAAAGUCGAGAUCCGCAUCCUGGAGAGGCGGAAGAAGGACCUCAAGAGCGAUACUCCAAGUGUGCUGCUGCGGAUUCCUGGGGGAUCAUCAUUCUUCCUUUCUGGUGCCCACUAUGCGGCGUUCGAACAUCGUGCCAUGAUGCAAAUCAUGCCGAUCCUCAUUGCGGAUUCUAGUGCAUUGAAGAAGGGCGAGGCGGGAGAGUUGAGGGCGCUGCAGGUUAGAGCAUUCCGUUAUUACGCCCUGUUCUACAAGGCGUUUUUGGGAGUGGCGGCGCACACCCGUGCCACGCUGAAAGAGGCCAAGCAACGUGCUGUUGCAACCUCUGAGCUACACAACUGUUUGCUAUGCAGGUUGAUGGAGCUGCUGCCCAAAGCUUUCCCGGACCAGGCAUCAAAGUGGGAAAUUCCCAAGGUCCACAUGAUCAAGCAUCUUCUCGAGAACGUGGAAGCAAGGGGGAUGCCACACCACUACAGCACGGAGAUGUGGGAGCGCACUCACAAGGGGACAGUGAAGGGUCCCGUGAGGGGGAGCAACUGGGCUGACAUUCCGAGGAGAAUUGUGGAUGAGGAGAUGCAGCGGGAGAUUUACAGAGAAGUGGCGGCCGAUGCGGGAGGAGGUCGGCAGUACGUGUCAGCGCUGCGUGUGGCCGUGGAAGAGAUGGAGCCAGUGCUAACGAAGAAGUUCAGGGUCAUGCGCCUCGGAGGCACCGCGGACAAGGUGUUUGCCGAGUACGCAGCGGUAUUUGGGGAUCAGAUGGCGGGCCUACCAGGUCAGCUGCGGGAGAUGCAGUUGAACCCUGGCAGUGUGCAGACACACACAGCAGUGGCCAUACCACGUACGCAGGGUGGGGUGCUUGUGGCGAAGGGGACGUUCGUCAAGGCGUCCCCGCGAGAGAACCUGUUCUCAGAUGUGGCACUCCUGGCUCCUGAAGGCGAGGAUUGUAUGAGCUCGGUGAAGCCCCCGUUGAAGGACAUCGUACAGAAGCUGAAAGUGCUCCCCGACGAUGUGUUUCUGUUUGUGGAGAUACCGUUUAUGCCCAGCCGGUUGCCGAAGACCAAGAUACCGGGGAGGAACGGAACCCCGUGCGACCGGAUCAUAAGUGUCGGCUUCUUGUACAAUGCGACGGGGACCUGCACCACGGUGCCCCUUGUGGUGUUGCGCCAUGACGAGCGCCCCGAACCUAGGCGCAGCGGGGAUCCUGCACCGGCGGUGAUUGUGCGCUACACGAAGAGUGGGCGCCUCACACCCGAGCUUAGCCGUGGAAGGAAGACGGUUGUGUUCACCUACAACACGGCGCACCGCAUUACCGCGAAUGACGCGGAGACCACGGUGGAGCAUGGGCUGACUAUGGUGCAUUUCACGCACACACGCUUUGUGGACCUGACAGACGUUGUGCACUGGUCCAGUAUGCCGUUUUUGCACGGCGUGGUGGACGCUUUCAAGGCUGAGUAUCGUGUGAUACUGAUGAGACGCGCGGUAAGGUCCAAUCUGUUCCACGAGGAUUUCGAAGCGCCGUUUUCCCUUGUGAAUUACGGUGUUAUGCUGCUGUGGGUGGGCUUGGCAUGGAAGGCGCUGACGGCGGCAACGAUGCAAAGGAGCUGGUGGAGGGCGGGAUGCGUCCCGGAGUCAUGGUGGGAGCUGAUGUGGCACCUGCACGGCAUGUACUCGGCCGGCAUGUACGAUCCCCUGGUCUCUACCACGGCGGACCUCCUGGUGCUGCUACGUGAGUUCCGUGUGCGGCCGGCUAUUUAUAUGCCGGUGUCCGAUUACGUGACAUGCGAUGAGUGGUUAAUGGAGAAGGCUGGUGUGAAGUUGGUGACGCCCACGACGCCAACGUCUUCAGGGGACGAGGGCGAGAUGUGCCUGCCGGAUGGGCCUCUGAUGCGUGACGAACGAAGCCGACGACGUGCCAUCCGCAAUGUGACGAACGCGUACGUGUGUCACGCGGAGGCGCUGGGGAUUGCUCCUGCGGAGGUGGCGACUGUCGUUGGCGCCUCUGAUGGAGAGGUGGUUAGCCGCCUAAGCCGCACACCGAAGAAGCGAGCGCGCAGUACGGGGUCGUCGGACAGUGGGUCCGUGUAG